UCCUUUGACAUCAGCAGCGGCUGCAUCCUCACCGGGACGCGAGGAUACAAAGGCUUGUUGUGUAACUAAUUGAGGGCUUAUAUUGCGGUGGUCAAAUACGCAUUAAGGGUUGCAGUUUGUGUGGUUAUGUUCAUUAAGACAUUCCUGCACGGAUUGGGGCGAAAAAGAGUGGGGGGCUUUACAUAAUAAAGUGCAUGCUUUUCACGUGAAAUGCCCCUUUAAAAGCAGGCUCCUUCAGCUACACUGAGGCACAUCGUAAACGACCGGGUUGGGAGUAGUGAAAAGUCUGUGACAGCUGUACCUACUUUGUUGUGUCAAUUCGGCUUCAGGAUGGUCUCGUCGUACCCUUUACCGGAGGGCUUCUCCGACUUUGAUGUGUUCUCCCUGGGAACCUGUCUGCUGGUGGAGGGCAUGCUGGGCUUCUUGCUAAAUGCGGUGACAAUCGUUGCUUUCUUGAAAGUAAGAGAGCUCAGGACCCCCAGCAAUUUCCUUGUGUUCAGCUUAGCGAUGGCUGAUAUUGGCAUCUCUAUGAACGCCAGCAUCGCCGCUUUCUCCAGCUUCCUAAGGUACUGGCCAUAUGGCUCCGAGGGAUGCCAGACUCACGGUUUCCAUGGCUUCAUCACAGCUCUCUCUAGCAUCCACUUCAUGGCUGCCAUCGCCUGGGACAGAUACCACCAGUACUGCACCAGGACAAAGCUGCAGUGGAGCAGCGCCAUCACUCUGGCUGUGUUUGUCUGGCUCUUCACUGCCUUCUGGUCUGCUAUGCCCCUCAUUGGCUGGGGAGAGUAUGACUACGAGCCCCUCAGGACCUGCUGCACCCUGGACUACACUAAAGGAGACAGAAACUACGUGUCCUACUUGAUCCCAAUGUCCAUCUUUAACAUGGCUAUCCAGGUGUUUGUUGUCAUGUCCUCUUACCAGUCCAUUGCACAGAAAUUCAAGAAGACUGGCAACCCCAGGUUCAACCCCAACACUCCUCUCAAGACCAUGCUGUUCUGCUGGUGCCCCUAUGGCGCCCUGGCUUUCUACGCCGCUGUGGAGAACGCCAACCUGGUCUCCCCCAAGCUCAGGAUGAUGGCUCCCAUUCUGGCAAAGACCUCUCCCAUCUUCAAUGCCUUCCUGUAUGCUUUGGGAAAUGAGAACUACAGAGGAGGAAUCUGGCAGUUCCUCACUGGGGAAAAGAUUGAAGUUCCUCAAAUUGAGAACAAGUCCAAAUAAACUAAGCAUGUAAAAAUACAUA